GCGAAAUGUGCAGGUGACCUUGAGGUGUCGCACAAGGCGGCACGCCGUGGCUGGCCUCAUUAUUGGAUUAGCUGCUUUCACCAUGAAGUACUUUUCCCCGCAAGCUCUGCACUCGUCCAUCCAUGCACCAGAUCGAAAACGCCCGUCGUCAACCACCACGGCCACUGGAACUUGGACCAGCGGCGAACACAAGCGAUUCCUCGCAGCCAUUGAAAUGUUUCCCCAAGGACCGUGGAAGGCUAUCGCCAAGUUCGUCGGCACCCGAACAUCUCGACAAGCUCAAACCCAUGCCCAAAAGUACCGAGAAAGGCUACUUCGACAAGCCAUGGACAAGACCUGCGAUCCUGUGUCAAGAGAAAUACGAGGGCGGGAUGCUGGCGAAGUCAUUAAAAUUGAGGUGGAGGCAGUGGACAUGGUGAAUUGCGUUGAAGAAUUCAACAAAGAUUGCCUUGCUCAAGGCUUUCAUGAGGCCGAACUGUCCAUGGAAGAGGCCAUGGCGUACCUUGUGGAACUAGUGGACUGCAAAGACUGGACGUUAUGACUCGUACGACACCGCAGCUACCCCUGCAGCAUUAAUUUUUAUUAGCCUUAAGGACACCGUUAUUACAAAGCCUUUGAUCGCAGCC